AUGGAGUCCGCUACUCUUCUCCGUUCUUUCAAUAUUACAGAUGCUGCCAGCACAUGUUCCCGUUUGAGAACUGUAAUUGAAAAACCGGGCAUGCUUAUCAUGAAUACUGCAGCCUUUUCCAGCAAUAGGAAAUUCCUUGCCUGCAGGGGAAGUGUUACUUCAUUCAAAAACAGGAAUGGAUAUUUGUUUGUCUCAUGUGUGAAGACUUCUGACACUACUUUGACAGCAAAGUCUAAUGGUGACCCUAAUGGAGCUGUUCUGUCAGAAAGUCAACAAGGAGCCCAAGGGAAGAAAACUAAGUCUAAUGCAACAUUUCCCAAUGGUUUUGAGGCACUGCUCAAGGAGGUUUGUGAUGAGACAGAAAUUGCUGAGCUCAAGCUCAAGGUUGGAACCUUUGAAAUCCACAUGAAGCGGAAAAUUGAUGGCCCAGCUAUCCCUGCACCUGUUGCUCCCCAAGCAUCUGCAUCACCAGUUCCGAGCAAAACUGAUCCAACUCCAGUUGCUCUACUACCCGUGCCUAAUCCUUCUUCAGAAAAGGUCAGCCCAUUCACAAAUGUCUCAGUGGAGAAGGCAGCCAAGCUGGCGGCCCUAGAGGUUUCUGGAUCCAGCAGCUAUGUUAUUGUUCCGUCACCCACAGUUGGUUCUUUCCGAAGAGCCACAAAGCGUAAAGGAAGGGGGUCCCGACCCGCUUGUAAAGAGGGUGAUAUGAUCGAGGAAGGCCAGGUGAUAGGCUUUCUGGAUCAGUUUGGCAGAGAACUACCUGUCACGUCAAGUGUGGCGGGAGAAGUCUUGAAGUUCCUUUACAUUGAUGGUGAAGCUGUGGGUUAUGGAGAUCCCCUCAUUGCCGUCUUGCCUUCUUUUCAUGGUAUCAAGUGA